GAUUCCAACGCUUAGUUGCAAACAAGACACGUCUCGGUGGACACCACGAAAAAGUGGAAAGCACAAAGCAUUUAAUCGGAUUUCAACUCAAUUUGGAAUUAAAUCAUAGCGUUCUAUCAUAAUUGUGUUUCCCCCAAAUUCGCACCAAUGUCGAACAAAAACUAUAUUGCAAAUUUGUCCUAUGUUCAAAAACGUGAUUUUCUCAACUCAUUCGAUUUGGUUUUUUGUGACUGUGACGGCGUUAUCUGGCAUAAUUUAUUCGACCCAAUACCUGGUGCAUCAGAUGCCAUCGCUUAUUUACGAGCCAAGGGAAAACAGGUGGUUUUUGUCACCAAUAACAGCAUAAUGUCAACGGCAGAUCAAUUGAAAAAGUUCUCAAAGUGUAACAUCAUUGUAAAAGAGCAUGAACUCAUUCAUCCUGCAAAAACCAUUUCCAACUAUUUAAAGAACCUGGGAUUCGAAGGACUUAUCCUUUGCUUUGCUUCAUCAAUUUUUAAACAGCAUUUGCGCGAAAAUGGAUUUGAGGUAGUCGAAGAGAAGGAACGUCUUAUAGAUGGUUCGGUUUUAGAUCUACGUAAUGCAAUCUACAACAAAGAUCCCAUUAAAGCAGUGAUAAUUGAUAUUGAUUUUAAUUUGACCGCGUGGAAACUGAUGAGGGCCCAAGUUCAUUUAAAGAAUCCAGAAUGCUUAUUUAUUGCUGGUGCUGCUGAUCCACGCAUUCCUUUCGGAGGCAAUGAACUUUUGGGCCCAGGGGCAUACAUUCGCUUAGUCGAAGAAGCUAAUCAACGAAAGGCAAAAGUAUUUGGUAAACCCGGCGCAGAGCUUGGAGAGCUUCUGAAAGUUAUGUUCAAUAUCAAGGAUCCUCAAAGAGUUCUUAUGGUUGGCGAUAGCUUGAAAAGUGAUAUUAUAUUUGGCAAGAAUUGUGGUUUUCAAACAUUAUUUGUGUUAGCUGGAAAUAUGGAACAAAGUGAAUUUGAAGCUUUGCAGCUGAACAAGAUGGAUAGACCGGAUUUUGUUAUUGAAAAAUUAUCAGAUUUGAGUAAUCUAUUAUAAUAUAGUGUGAUCCUAUUAUAAUAUAAUGUGAAGCGAAUAGUAGAAUAGAAGUGGGUUUUAUCCUUUGCCUAAGCCUUUCUAACGUAUAUUAUAUUCUAACAUAUGUAUAUUAUUCAAAUAUUCCAAUAAAAACUAAACAAUUAUUUUUUAAAAACUAAACA